AUGUCUGUCACGACAGAAGAAGUCUGGGACACAUUUAUAAUACUUGCUCUCUUGGAUGACCAUCAGGACCAAGGCACCAGACUCUGUGUCUCCCAUGGCAAUAACCAGAGUGACCACUUCACAGCUGUGAUGCAAGCAUGCAAUGAGAAGAUUAUAACUCAUGGCCAGGAAGAACUUCCCCAUGCAUGCCUUGGGUGCAUGCGAUUGUUCACGAUGCCUGAUGGCACCACUUAUCACACAGAGGUGGUUGUCACUGAUGGCAUCACUGUUGGGUGUCCAUGCUGUGCUGUACCUCAUUGCAAAAAUGCUCUCAUAAGCACCCAUCAUUGUUUUUGUUCUGCAAACCAUAAGUACCUAGAGGCUGUCUGUGCAGUAGAUGGAUGCGACAAGCCUGUCAUCCAUGACAAGAGCACCAGAAAGCCUUGCAAAGCCUGUAGCAAUCCACUCCACUUGAGGAUGGAGGAUGCAAAAUCAGUGUUAUCACAGAGCAGAAAGAGCAAGACACAGAGAAUGAAGAGUGUGAAGCUGAAUAAUGCACUUGCUGCCUCCUCCAUUGGCAAUGCACACACUCUGGAGGAUGUUCUGCCUGUACAGGACAUUGAUGAAUGGUUUGAGCAUGACCCAUUAACAGGCAAUGUAUGCAUCCAACAGGCUUCAGUGACAUCAUCUACUGGUGUUGUGGACCCUUCAGUGCUGCUAAUUGAACCACAAUGCAAUUCAGGAGCUUGCCCCAGCAAAGAUGAAGUCCCAAAGCUCAAGGUGGUAUUCUUCCAUAAGUGGACCAACAAUGAGCAGCUUUUCAUAUGCCCUUGUGGUGUUAUCUCUGGUCAUGGUACCAUGUACCAUCAUGAAGCUGUCUCCAAUGUCUUGGCCAGCAAUCAGUUCUGCCAGGAGUGCUGUGAUAUGAAGACCUAUCCUGAGCUCCUUGAUGAACAGGGCAAGUACUACUUCAAUUCCUCCAUCGCAGAGCAAACCAACAUCUGGUUUGAUAUAGGCAUGCAAGCUGUUCACUUUCUGGCCUGCAGUUCUAGCUGCACCAUGAAUCGCAAUGGUGACUGUUUGCGAUUCAUGGUGCAGCUAGAACUGCAGGCCAGAAACCAAGUAGCAUGUCCAAAGGCCAUCAAGAGUGUGUCCAGUGCAUUCAUGAGCAAGGAGGGAGGUUGCAUGAACAAAUGGGACAUUGAAAAUGAGACUAAAAAGUACCUCUUGGGUAUAAUGCUGGCGGAGGAGUAUGGAAUGAAAACAGGUUCACCAGAGUCAACAGAAGAUGCAGAUGAUGCCAAAUGA